GGGUCACUCCUGCCGUUAGCCCCUUGUUCCAAAGCCCCGACCGCCCCUCCCGGUGGCCUGUGCCAGGCUCCGUGAUAAGUGCGUUACAGCCGAGGAAAUUGAGGCAGACAGAGGCGCAGGGACUUUGCUCAGCCACAUCGCUACAAAGAGUCAGAGGCUGUGGGGGGUGGGGGGAGGCGGGAGCCACCUCCCUGCCUCCUACCAGGUGCUGAAUUCAUUAAUUUUGGUUAAUACCGGAGGAUCGACUGCCGGGAGGGGGUGGAUGGGGGAGCAGCCCGGACUAGCAGCGAGCCACCUCCGGCAAAUUCCUACCCCUGAGCCGGGGACCCCGCCCAGAAGGGGUGGGCACGCACCUCCCCCACACUGUGGGCUCUCCUCCCACUUCUACUCAUCUACGUCAGUUUCCAUCCCAGUCUGGGCUUAUCUUCUAGCUCUUACCUGUCCUAGGGCCGAGUCGCAGAGUGCUCCUACUAGGGCAGGGCCACACCACAGGCUCCUCCUCCAGGUUAGGGCGGGACCAUGCCGCAGGCUCCUCCUCCAGGGAGAGGGUGGGGCCACGCCACAGACUCCUCCUCCAGGGAGAGGGUGGGGCCACACAACUGGCUCCUCCUCCACGGUUAGGGCAGGGCCACGCCACAGGCUCCUCCUCCAGGGAGAAGGUGGGGUUACGCUGCAGGCUCCUCCUCCAGGGAGAGGGCAGGGCCACACCACAGGCUCCUCCUCCAGGGAGAGGGCAGGGCCACACCACAGGCUCCUCCUCCAGGGAGAGGGUGGGGCCACGCCACAGACUCCUCCAGGGAGAGGGUGGGGCCACACCACUGGCUCCUCCUCCACGGUUAGGGCAGGGCCACGCCACAGGCUCCUCCUCCAGGGAGAAGGUGGGGUUACGCUGCAGGCUCCUCCUCCAGGGAGAGGGCAGGGCCACACCACAGGCUCCUCCUCCAGGUUAGGGCGGGACCAUGCCGCAGGCUCCUCCUCCAGGGAGAGGGUGGGGCCACGCCACAGACUCCUCCUCCAGGGAGAGGGUGGGGCCACACCACUGGCUCCUCCUCCAGGGAGAGGGUGGGGCGGGGCUAGGCCACAAGCUUCUCUUACUGAGUGGGGGCCAGCUGCAGGCUCCUCUUCCAGGACCAACCCUCAGAUUGGGGGGAGAAGGCGGGGUCAGGUAGCCUGCAGUCUCCUUCUCUGAGGUGGGGCCAUCCUCCAGAGGGCCAGGCCGUAGACUCCUCCUCUAGGGAGAAGGUGGGGAGGGGCCAAGCCAUAGGCUCCUCCUCCAGAGGGGUGGGACUAGGUUGCAGGUUCCUUCUCUAGGGCUGGGGUGGGGCCAGACUCCUGGUCCUCCAGAGAGAGGGCCAGCCUUCAGGCUCCUGAGAGGUGGGGUCAGGCAGCAGGCUCCUCCUUAGGGGCGGGGUCGGGCUCCCUGCUGCUCUUCACUGGCUGGGUAGGCGUGGCUAGCGCAGCAGCACCGCCUCUCCUUCCCUGGGAGGACCGUCCCUACUGAGGCUGCUUCCCCGGGGCCUCCCUGGCUGACCCAAGGGGCCAGCCCGAGGUCGAUGGCGGCAGGCCUAAGUCUAGGUGUGGACAUGCCCUUAGUGACAGUCCUCUGGCUGAGGCUCACUGGCGGGCCCAGCUUCCGGGGCCUGGCCAGGACGGAAACAGUGGGGGAGACCAGGCAGGGGCUCCCCUAACUCACCCGGUCUGCGGUGACGGUGUUUGUGGGAGGGGGCUGGCCCAGGGUGCCCAGGAGGAGAGCUGGUGGUUGCCCUCCCCGUAGCUCGGCCCCAUGGCGGAGGGCCCCCUUCUGCUCUGAUCUCUGGUGUCCUCUCCAGUCCAGCCGCUCCAGGCUGCCGGUCAGCCCUUGGUCAGGGGGUGACCCGUACAAUGAGCUUCUUCCUGCGUGCCCUACCCGGGGCCUUGGAGCUGUUGUGGACAAAGCACACACAAGUCCUUAUGCUCUCUUUGUUUUUCCGCCUAAU